CACCGUUGCAUGUGCAACCGCCGCCGGGAGAUGGAAUGGGAUCUGCGGGAUCCGUGCGGCCCGCCGGGAGCUACGGGUGCCUUUGAGGCUGCGGUUCCCGAGGUAACAGCCGAGCGAUGGAAUAAGCUGGCGCCUGAGACCGUCGCCUCCGCUCCCGGAAGGUCAGACGGUUCUGCAGAUCCCGCCGCUCGGCCGGCCGGGCUGAAGGUUCAUCCCGCUUGGCCGCACAUUGAAAGGGAAAGCAGUAGCUGGACGUGUACAAAUCAAGUUUACGAGCCCACGGCCCAGAGUAAAGAAAUAAACCUUUUUAUGUGUGUUUAUGGGUGACAUCGCCGCAGGGUUCCACUCCCCUUUCGGUCCGGGGAACUGGAUGCGGAAACUACUCGAACGAACCCGUGCCAGGCGAGAAAAUCUCCAGAGGAAGAUGGCCGAGAGACCCACGGCAGCACCGAGGUCUGUGCCUCUCGCCAAGCGUGCCAGAGAGCCGCUCGCAGAAGCCAGUAACCAGCAACCCCUGCCCGGGGUGCAAGAGAAAUCUUGUACAAAACCAUCGCCAUCAAAAAAACGCUGUUCUGACAACACUGAAGAGGAAGUUUCCAACUUGGAAAAUGCACAACCGGUUGAGUCAGCUUCUGCCAAACCUUGUUCUCCAAGUCCUGUGUCCCCUCAGGCACGGCCACAGGCACCGGCUCCGGCCAGUGAUUCCCUGCCCGCCGCCCAGGCAUCGCUGCUGGGCCUGCAGAGCGCGCUGAACGCCAGGCCCGAGGCCUCUGCAGCCUCCUCUGUUAAAACACGGAUGCAGAAGCUGGCAGCCCAGCGGCGCCACUGGGAUAAUGAUGAGGUGACAGAUGAUACCCCUGAAAGCUCACUCAUCCCAGCGAUGCCAGCGGAGGACAAGGCGGCCUCCCCUCCCAAACCAGCAGAAGCCUCGGCCACUCCCGUGGGGAGGCGGGGCCGUCUGGCCAACCUUGCUGCCACUAUCUGCUCCUGGGAAGAUGAUGUCAGUCUCUCAUCGGCAAAGCAGAACAGUGCCCCAGGACAGCCUGGCACCACUUGUUUGUCCAAAGCUUCCUCUGCCAGCGGAGCAUCUGCUGGCAUCAAUGGCCGCAGUGUUGCGCAGGAAGCCGCAUGCUGCUCCCCGAGGGGUGGCCAUGCCUCUCUGAGCAAAGCCCCGGCCUCGAGAGCCGCGGCCGCCUCCUUGCCUACGGGUGCCGUUUCCAGCGCUGCGAAAGCUGCUUCUUCCCCUGUGAAAGCUUCUAUAUCUGUCACCAGUGCUGAAAAUUGUGAGGUACGAAAACCUGAGCGACUUCAAAAAACUCCUGCUACUCCUUUGAAAACUGAGGUAUCGAAACCAAUCGGGAAAUCAGCUGAAUCCCAGACAGUUCGACCCAAAGAAGAAGUAAAUAGAGAAACUUGUCUGCAAUCUCACUCUAAAGACAAAUCUACAACACCAGGAGCUGGAGUCAAGCCGUUUCUGGAGCGCUUCGGCGAGCGCUGUCUAGAACGCAGCAAAGACAGCCCCACGCAGAGCACACCCCACAGGACCCCCGUGGUCACUCCAAACACCAAGGCCAUCCAGGAAAGACUGUUAAAGCAAAACACAUCUUCAUCUACUACCCACAUAGCCCAGAGGCUCAAGCAGGAACGUGAAAAAGAACUAGCAUGUCUUCGUGGCCGAUUUGACAAGGGCAGUUUAUGGAGUGCAGAAAAAGGCGAAAACUCCAGAAGCAAACAACUAGAAACCAAACAGGAAAUUCACUCUCAGAACACUCCCCUCAGAAAACAUCAAGUUGUUUCAAACACCCCGUCCGGUCCAGUAACAGAAAAGGAAAAGGCGGCAGGAGAGCAGACCCCAGCACAGCCCCCCAGCCCAGAGCCCGCAGGUUUCACUGAAUGUGAAAUGACGAAGUCUAGCCCUUUGAAAAUAACACUGUUUUUAGAAGAGGAAAAGUCUUUAAAAGUAACAUCAGACCCAAAGGUUGAGCAGCAGACAGAAGUGGUACGUGAAAUUGAGAUGAGCGUGGAUGACGAGGAUGACAUCAAUAGUUCGAGAGUGAUUAACGACAUCUUCAGUGAUGUCCUGCAGGAAGGCGAGCUGGAUGUGGCCAGGAGCCCGGAGCAGAUGGGCCAGGCGGGAGCCGAGAGCGGGGAGGACCAGGAGGAUGCCCUGAAUAUCUCCUCGAUGUCGCUGCUUGCUCCGCUGGCACAGACAGUCGGCGUGAUAAGUCCAGAGAGUUUCGCUUCCUCGCCUAGAUUGGAACUGAAGGGCAGUAGCAUACAUGAUGAGAGUCCCAAACCAGGAAAGUUCCAGAGAACCCGUGUCCCGCGGGCCGAGUCUGGUGACAGCCUUGGUUCUGAAGACCGUGACCUUCCUUACAGCAUCGAUGCAUACAGAUCUCAGAGAUUUAAAGAAACAGACCGUCCUUCAAUAAAGCAGAUUGCUCAGAAGGAAGAUGCUACUUCAAAAUUGGAGGGAAAAAGGAAUGCUGAAGAAAAGAGCGUCUUUCCUUGUCAGGUGAACGUCAAGCAGAAAAUGCAGGAGCUCAACAAUGAAAUCAACCUGCAGCAAACGGUGAUCUACCAGGCCAGCCAGGCCCUGAACUGCUGUGUGGACGAGGAGCACGGGAAGGGGUCCCUGGAGGAAGCCGAGGCUGAAAGGCUGCUUCUGAUCGCAACUGAGAAGAGAACACUUUUGAUUGAUGAACUGAAUAAACUGAAGAGUGAAGGACCUCAGAGGAAGAACAAGGCUGGUCUCCUCUCCCAACGUGAAUUUGUCCCGUCCAAAGGGUCAGUCACUUUGUCAGAAAUCCGUUUGCCUCUCAAGGCAGAUUUUGUCUGCAGCACAGUUCAGAAACCAGAUGCAGCAACUUACUCCUUCCUGAUCAUACUGAAGGCAGGAGCCGAGAACAUGGUGGCCACCCCGCUGGCAAGCACUACCACUUCCCUGAAUGGCGAUGCCCUGACGUUCUCCACCACGUACACUCUGGAAGAUGUGUCCAAUGACUUUGAAAUCAGCAUUGAAGUUUACAGCUUGGUGCAAAAGAAAGAUCCCUCAGUGCCAGAUAAGAAGAAAAAGGCAUACAAAUCCAAGGCUAUCACUCCAAAGCGACUUCUCACAUCUAUAACUACAAAAAGCAGCCUUCAUUCUUCAGUGAUGGCCAGCCCGGGCGGUCUCCAUGCUGUGCGCACCAGCAACUUUAUCCUUGUUGGAUCUUACACGCUGUCUUUGUCUUCAGUAGGAAACACUAAGUUUGCUCUGGACAAGAUAAAUUAUGAUGUAAAAGAGCGAGAGCUACUGGGCUAUUUGUUCCAGGAAAAGAACAAGAUUUGCAGAUUAACCGUAAGAACUGGGAUUCUGUGAACUGUAUUCCUUACUCGCUGUUGUCUGUCACAAAGCCAAUUUCUACAUGUGUAAGCGAUUUCAUUAAUCUCUAAAAUGGAGGGAUUUCAGUAACACGUUAAAUAUAGAAUGUUUGCUUUUUGAAAUUUUUUUGUCUGCCAUUUUAAUUCAAAAUGUCACAAAAUAUUUCUAUUCUCUUAAUUCUUUUGAAUUUAUAACUUAAAUAGGCAACCAUGUGAUUGAGUGCAAAAUCAUUUUAUUUAAUUGGUUGUCUCUAAUACUCUAAAGUCUCUUUCAUAUACGACACAAUUUUGAUGUCAGAUUUGUCCCAAAUGUACUUUAGUGAGUGCCAGGAGAAAGCAGAUAGUUGUUCCAAUUGUUUGUAGUUGAUAUAAAAGAAUAUUUAAAAUAGUUAUGUUUAGGUGUUCUUUAAAUUGGUGGGGAAAAUGGAAGACCUUUUAUACUCAUAUAAUUACUCUAUUUAAUUAACUUUGAGAGAGUAAACAAGUGUCCCAUAUCUUACCAGAUACUAUCGGUACAAGGGAGGGUUGGCCUAUUUUACUGGCGCCUUGACCAAUAAUACAACAGCUAUCUCUGAGAUCCCUUCGGAAUAGAGUGACCUUUGAGGUUAAUCCAGACUGUUUGCUCUAGAGAUUUAGGGCACCACUAGCAGGAGAUUACCUUCUUAUUUGAGGUUACAGAUACCUGAUGUAAAGUCUGGCAUCCUGGAAUUCAAAUUAUGAAUCUCAAUGAGUCACAGACUCUCAAGGACUUUCUUUUCUUUGAAUAACCAAUCCAAAAUAGUCAUAGGUUUUUUGUUGUUUUAAAAAAAUACUCAGGUUUUAUUACAUGUUUUGGAUAAAGAGAGACGCGCAUCCCACAGCUCAUCUUCUGACUUAAAAAAACCUCAUAAAUAUUUCUGCUUUCCAGGACACAGGGAUGUCAAUUUAAAUGGCUUUAGGGCAACCAAUUAGCAUUGUAGAAUUUUGAGGUCACAGGAAGAGUGGUUGGGGUUCUGGUGUGCACAGAGGUGUUCUGGUUUAUGCCUUUGGCCUGGUAUAAUGAUUAAUGGUAUCCCUUUCUCUCUCAGAAAUAUCCCAGUGUGUAAAGAUUACACAGUUGUCCUGGUUAUAGUUCAUUUUACAGUUCUUAACAGUAUUCUUAAAAUACCCUUUUGUUGAACAGAAAACAGAAUAGGCUCAUACAUUUUCAUCUCUCUCCAAACUCAACGGGGUAGUAACAUCGACUCGUUUGUGAACAUUCUCAGUUCGCUUGUUCAGAGCAAGCUUCUAAUCAAGAACAUUGUGUACUUCACAGUUGUGGAGUUAGAGGGACCAUUUUCUUUGUAUCUUUCUGAGAUUCUUUUUACCAGCAGCAUUCUGCAAAACAGUGGAAUUCUCUUUUUUAGCAUUGAGAGGCUAAGGAACUUAAAACUGACUAUAUGGAAAAGAAAAAGGCAAGGGAAUUUAUAACAAAUAAAAUAAUGAGAUAUGUGGUGUUUUGAUUCUACAUUAUGGUUCCCUAUUAAAUCCAGAAACUUUGAGGUUUGUCUAAUGGAAUGAAUCUAUUGAAAUCUAUACUUUUUGGCCAAGAGAAGAUUAAAUUGUUGGAAACUAACCUUACAAUUAAAACUUUAAAAUUUAGACUGUGCCCUAGUUGGUUUGGCUCAGUGGUUAGAGUAUUAGCCCACAGAGUGAAGGGUCCCAGGUUCAAUUCUAAUCAAGGGCAUGUACCUCGGUUGCAGGCUUGAUCCCUUGUCUCUCUCACAUUGAUGUUUCUCUCUCUGUCUCUCCCCUCCCCUUCCACUCUCUUAUUUAAAAAAUUAUUUAGACUGAACUAAGAUUAUUCCAACUAGGAGAUCAUUCUUUUUCACUGGAUAGCAGGAAUGACAGACAUUAACAUCAUUCUUUCUUGACCAGAAGUCAAUGUCAAUAAAUAUAUGUAUGUUAACCAUUUUACUCUAAUGACUCAACCUCUCCAAUUGAAUUUCUCAUGUUUGUUGUAAUCUUUAAAUUCUAAAUCUUUUAAAAUUCUUACAUAUACUAAGUAGCUUUUAUAAUUUAAGAUACUUUUGACAUGAAGUGUCUUCACUAACUAGUAAUAUGUUGAUAAGAAUGAUACAUUUACAAAUAUUUAUGUGAAUGUUUACUUUUAAAAUUUUUUUAGUAAAUUUAUUGGGGUAACAUUGGUUAAUAACAUAGAUUUCAGGUAUACAACUUUAUAUAUGACAUCUGUAUACUCUAUUGUGUGAAUGUUUUCCAUGCUAGAUAAACAGCAUGAUUUUAUUUGGGAAAAAAUUAAUUCCCCCAAAUUCCAACCAGUAAGAACAACAUAGUCUCAAUUUAGGCACUUAAUUCUUGUUUUGUCAAUUUAUGAUUCCUGUAUUUUAAAGCUACAUUAUUAGGUCCGUGAACAUUUAAGAUUAUUAUAUCAUCUUGAUGAAUUAUCCACUUUAUCUCUGAUAAUCUUAAAGUCUAUUUUAUCUGCUAUUAAUAGCUACAACAGCUUUCUCAUGAUUAGUGUUUGUAUGUUAUAUCUUUUUCCUUCCUUUAUUCUCAAUACAUCAGUGACUAUAUAUGUCAAAUUUGUGUUAUAAACAUAUUUUAUGGUCAUAUUUUGUUAUUUGGUGUGACAGUCUUUUGUCUUUUCAUUGGGGUGUUUAGCCCAUUUAUAUUUAAUGCAGUACCAAUAUAGUAGGGCUUAGUCUACCACAACACCAGGCAAACUUUUAGCCUAGAGGUUAAGUCUGGCUUAUGGCUUGUUUUGUUUUUUAAAUUGCCCCUGCAACACCUAGUCUACUUUCUGCGUCUAUGAGCUUGGCUACUUCAGGUACAUACAUGGUAUAUAUGUGGUAUAUACUUCCAGGUAUAUACGUGGAACCAGAAGUAGCUGUCCUUCUGUGACUGGCUUAUUUCACUUAGCAUAAUGUACUCAAGGCUCAUCCAUAUUAUAGCAUCUGACAGAAUUUCCUUUUUUAUGGCUAAAUAAUAUUUCCAUUGUAUCUAUAAACCAUAUUUAUUUUUUCUUUUUUUCAGUGAAGAACUCUGGGUAUUUAUUUGCCCAAACAGUGUUCUUUUAGCAAACAUUUAUUGAAUGCCUGAGUAUGAUUUGACAGUAGGAUAUGGGAACAGCCAAUAAAAAGACACAAUAGUCAACCUCAUGAAUCUGCUAUGUGGGGCUGUGGGUUAGGACACAUAAGAAAAGAUGCACAGGGGAGUUUUAAAGCCUAAAAGACAAACUUCAGAGUAGUUUUUAUACUCAGAAUGGAGAGGAAGGAGAAGACUGCAUCACAUUUCCAGUAUCUGUUCAUCUAUUGAUUUCACCUCUAGGGUAUUAUGAAGAUGCUACAAUGAACCUGGGAGUGCAAAUAUCCCUUUCAGGACCCGAUUUCAAUUCUUUUGGAUAAAUUUCCAGAAGUGGGAUUGUUCGAUUAUAUGUUAUUUCUAUCUUUAAUUUUUUGAGGAACCUACAUACUGAAAAGUUUUGAAUUUUGAUGAAGCCUAAUUUCUCUCUGUGUGUGGUUUUUUUUUCUGUUGUUGCUCCUGCAUUUGGUCUCAUAUCUGAGAAUGUUUCCAAUUCAUGAUUAUUUAAUAUUUACCUUUAUGUUUUUUUCUAAGACUUAAGAUUUUAUUUGUAGCUCUCAUACGUAGGUCAUUGAUUCAUUUUGAGUUAAUUUUUGAUAUAUGAUAUGAGGUAGGGAUCCAACUUCAUUCUUUUGCAUGUGGAUAUCCAGUUUCACAACCCCAUUUGUGAAAAGAUUGCUCUUUCUUUAUUGAAUGGUUUUGGUACCCUAUUGAAAAUCAAUUGGCUAUAAGAUGUAUGGGUUUAUUUCUGAACUUUCAGUUCUGUUCUUGUCUAUACGUCUAUUCUUAUGCCAAUACCACCCUGUUGUAGUUAUGGUAGCUUUGGAUGAAGUUUUGCAAUUGGGAAGUGUGGUUCUUUCAGCUUUUUCUUUUUUAAGAUUGUUUUGCUUGUUUGGGACCUCUUGCAAUUUCAUAUGAAUUUGAGGAUCAACUUUUUAAAUCUGCAGUUCACUGUUAUUUACUUCUGAGUAAUAUUUUGUUGUAUUACUGUACCAGUUGGUUUAUCCAGUCUCCUAUUGAAUAUAUUGAUGGAGAAUGGAUAAGCACUUGUAUUCUCUCUUAUAUCUGUGUUUUCUUGAUCAUGCUAAGGGUUUUGUUUUUACCAGCUCUAAUUUGGAUGUGCUUAUUCUUCAAAAGCACUUGUUGCUGAGGAGCCAGUGGCUUUUUGGCCACUUAGUUUAUAUUCCUGCUUUAGAAAACAGUGUGUUUUCAAGGCACAAUAUUCUCCGUUCAUGAUUAAACUUAUCAAGAAAAAUGCCAGUUUGAAAGUGUUUUGCAAAUACUUUACUGUCUUUCU